AUGUACUGGGGAGUCACUUAUUACAUUGCAGCCAUGAAGCAGCCUAAGAACCCAAGUUAUACAAUCAUGACCUUUCACCCAACCACGGAAGAAUUUAAAGAUUUCCCUAGAUAUAUUGCGUACAUGGAAUCCAAAGGGGCACACCACGCAGGCCUGGCCAAGGUGAUUCCCCCCAAGGAAUGGAAAGCCAGGCAGACCUAUGAUGAUAUCAGUGACAUCUUAAUUGCAACACCCCUCCAGCAGGUGGUCUCCGGGCGGGCAGGUGUGUUUACUCAAUACCAUAAAAAGAAGAAAGCCAUGACAGUGGCGGAGUAUCGCCAACUGGCAAACAGCGGAAAGUAUCGGACUCCGCCACACUCGGAUUUUGAGGAUUUGGAGCGAAAGUAUUGGAAAACCCGCCUGUACGAUUCUCCGAUUUAUGGCGCUGACAUCAGCGGCUCCUUGUUUGCGGAAAACACUCAACAGUGGAACCUUGGCCACCUGGGGACCAUCCAGGACCUGCUGGAGCAGGAGUGCGGCGUGGUCAUCGAGGGCGUCAACACGCCCUACCUGUACUUUGGCAUGUGGAAGACCACCUUCGCCUGGCACACGGAGGACAUGGACCUUUACAGCAUCAACUACCUGCACUUCGGGCAGCCCAAAACCUGGUACGCGGUGCCCCCGGAGCACGGCCGGCGCCUGGAGCGCCUGGCCACCGAGCUGUUCCCGGGCAGUGCCCGCGCCUGUGACGCCUUCCUGCGGCACAAGGUGGCUCUCAUCUCGCCCACGGUCCUCAAGGACAACGGGAUCCCCUUCAAUCGGAUCACUCAGGAGGCUGGCGAGUUCAUGGUGACGUUUCCCUAUGGCUACCACUCUGGCUUCAACCACGGCUUCAACUGCGCAGAAGCCAUCAACUUCGCCACCCCGCGAUGGAUCGAUUAUGGCAAAGUGGCGUCUCAGUGCAGCUGCGGGGAGGCCAGGGUCACCUUCUCCAUGGACGCCUUCGUGCGCAUCCUGCAGCCUGAGCGCUAUGAGCUGUGGAAGCGCGGGCAGGACCGGGCUGUUGUGGACCACACGGAGCCCACCUCGCCAGACAAGGGGGAGCUCAGCGCCUGGAGGGAGGCCCAAGCUCCCCGGAGAGCCCUGCUGGGCCUGAGGCACCUCCCACCCCGCCGGGCCACGCGCACCCCUCGGCCUGUGGCCGCUAGUGGUGGGACUGGCCGUCGCACCCCAAUGUGCCUGGCCUCCCCACGCUCCUUGCCGGCCCAGAGUUCUUCCUCUGAUGCCCAGUCUGGGCUUGUCCCCGCCUGCACUUCCCAGGAGGCUGGCCCCACCCGACCACCGACCCCGAUUCCCUCUGCCCGAGAUGUUCAUCCCUCAAUGGGCAGAUGUGGUCCUGGUCGUCGUCCUCGGGAACAAGGGGCCCGGGGACCCAGCAUCCAGGCCCGGGCCAAGAGGCGUCUCUCGGUGGGAACAACACACACAGCCCAGUACCCUGAGGCUCUGCCCGGUCCUGUGGAUGAACCCUCAGUGGACAACCCUGUACCACUGAGCCCUGGGCUCCAGCAACCUGCGGAGGCUUCUGGGUACAGUUGUGCCCUUUUCCCCUAAGCCCAGGGGAUAAUGUUGUAACCUACUGCUCUUGUGUGUGGAGGCUCCUUGAGACCCACCACAUUUACAUCAGAGCUUUGGGCCAGCCUGCAGGUUACUGGUCUUCAGAGGCCAGUGAUGUUGCCACUGAUGCGUUGAGUCCAUGUUCUUUAUCAUGUUCGCCAUAGUUUGUUCUUCCUGCCAGACUCUGGAGUGUCUUUGGACACUGCUAAUUCCUGUGUUGCCAACUGAGGUUUCAUCCACUAGACACUCUUGUGUCUCUGUAAGCUAGGUCCUGCUGAGGUCAUGAGAGCAUAAUCUUCCCCAGACUCCUCUGGGCCAAUGCUUCUGGGUUUUGAUUCUCCUCCAAUCUCCCUGCCUUUUCUCCAACCCUACCCCUUCCCCCCUUUCUUGCAAAACAAGGCCGUUUUGAUCAAAUGGGUCAGUAGAGACUCAGAACAUAAUUUAUGAUCUUUCUGAGUCUUGGAUGUAUUCAAAAUGUGUUAUGGCCAGUAUUUGUUCACAAAUGUAUUAAAGGUAACCACAAUGUUAAAAUCUAAAAUUUGUUUCUAAUAAAUAUUGUGCAUUCAAAUAA